UCCUUGUCAGGCAAAGUCGCCAUCGUCACCGGCGGCGCGCGAGGCAUCGGCGCCGCCAUUGCGUUGAAGCUCGCACGAGAAGGGGCCAGGGUGCGUCUCUACCGACCUCAAUCUUGUUUAAAUGAGAAUCUCGGCUAAAGCUAGAAUUUCGUGAUUCGCGUGAUUGAAGGUCGCCUUCACCUUUGUAAACACUUCAUCAAUAGCCAAGGCCCAUGAGGUCAUAUCCGAGAUCGAGGCCUGCGGGUCCUCGGCGACCGCCAUCCAAGCCGACGUCUCCAAGCAUCAGAAGAAGGUCAUCGAGCGGACCAUGAUGGCGUUUGGAGUCACCAAGAUCGAUAUCCUCGUCAACAACGCCGCCGCGACGCUCAGCGCGACGCUCGACGACACUACUACCGAGGACUACGACCGCAUCUUCGACACCAACACGCGCGCCGUGUUCUUCAUGAUGCAGGCCGUCAAGCCGCAUAUUGCGCCGGGCGGUCGCAUCAUCAACAUCUCAUCCGUCGCCGCGCGCGCUGAUUCGCCGGGCAGCAUGGCCUACGCGGGGAGCAAGGCGGCCGUCGAGGCGUUCACGCGCGUCGCGGCGCGAGAGAUGGGGCAGGCGCAUGGCGUAACUGUGAAUUGUAUCAGCCCGGGGACGGUCAAGACGGAGAUGUUUGACUCGCUGCCCGACGACCAGCGCAGCGCCGACUUGGAGAGGGCUUCGCUUACGCCUGCCGAGGCGAGGCUGGGUGCUGUCGAGGACAUUGCCGACGUUGUUGCGUUUGUGGCGAGCGACGAGUCGAGGUGGAUUACGGGUACGGUGAUUCCCGUCAACGGGGGCCGUCUGAUGAAUUGAGGUGAUGAUGAGUGAGUAUGGAAGAACCAACGACUGAUGGAGAUUGGGAUGAGGGGCGUGAAAAGUUAUUUAUAUGCCCGGCUUAUGGGACACAAAUGGGACAGAGGGGGUUUUGACAAGGCUGUAUAACAAGUCAAGUGUACGAUGUGAGUCUGGGUCUGAGACAUCGGGAUGGACUUUUCUUGUAUUUCUUCCUUGGCUUUUUCGGUCUUUCUCGGGUAACAACACGGGUGUCUCUGGGUUCGGGCUUGGGUUCUAUGGGAGUGUCGGUCAUGCAGUGCUACAUGAAGCUGUACUUAUUUCUUGGAUCAGGAUUCCCUGUCAGCUUGUUUGGGGGCUGUCUUUGUCUUCUUUUCUCUUUUGGUCUGAUCUGGUCGCACUUCUUCUUCGUGUAUGGUAACGACUUGAGUUCUUGAGUACACGGCCGGAAACAGUUUGGAAUACCACUUAUGAAUUUGACUUUUUCA